AAUAUAUAAUCACGACCACUUGGCUAUUUGGCGGACACGUGGACAGCAAUGGGCGACUCACAUUUCCCUGAAAUUGGGAGCACACAUUUUGGGUUGUCUCUUUCCCCUAGCGCGCUUGUCUCCGUACGAUCAUCCACGUGUCACUCAUCGAGGCGAUCCCGUUUGGGUUGUGUAUGUUGAUCCAUUAGCUCGCGCGCUAGGGAUUCGCAUUCUCGCCUGGAUCGAUCGAUCGAUCGGUCCGACGCGCAUUGCGAUCUCCCUCGCGGCGGCGAAUUGGGCUGCGAAUUGCGCGCAAUGGAUGUGGCCAAGGAUCUAACGUCGGGGACGCUGGCGGGCGUGGCGCAGCUCCUCGUCGGCCACCCCUUUGACACGAUCAAGGUGAAGCUCCAGAGCCAGCCCGCCCCCCGCCCAGGUGAGCCGCCAAUCUACGCUGGCGCCAUAGACGCCGUCAAGAAGACCCUGGCGGCGGAGGGAUCCCGGGGCCUCUACAAGGGCAUGGGCGCGCCGCUGGCCACCGUCGCGGUCUUCAACGCUGUGCUCUUCGCGUCGCGCGGCCAGAUGGAGAGCAUAUUCCGCGAGCGCCCUGGGCAGAUCCUGACCGUCCAGCAACAGAUGCUCUGCGGCGCUGGCGCCGGCGUGGCCGUCAGCCUCGUCGCCUGCCCCACGGAGCUCGUCAAGUGCCGGCUCCAGGCCCAGUCAGCCCUAGCUGCGAGCGGCGCCGCCGGCGUCGCCACCGUGUCGUACGCCGGCCCCAUGGACGUCGCCCGGCACGUCGCACGGAACGAAGGCGGCGCCGUCGUGGGGCUCUACAAGGGCCUCUUCCCGACGCUCUUGCGCGAAGUCCCCGGCAAUGCCGCCAUGUUUGGAAGCUACGAGGCGAUCAAGCAGGCCUUGGCGGGCGGGAAGGCGACGAACACACUCGGGCAGGGGUCGCUGCUAGCGGCGGGCGGAGCGGCGGGAGCGAUGUACUGGCUGGCGGUGUAUCCCGCCGACGUCGUCAAGAGUAUGAUCCAAGUUGACGACCACAGCAACCCAAAGUUCCGGGGGACGCUGGACGCCUUCCAAAAGGUAUACCGCAGCGAGGGGAUCAAGGGGCUGUACCGGGGAUUCGGCCCGGCCAUGGCUCGGAGCGUGCCUGCCAAUGCCGCCUGCUUCCUCACCUAUGAGCUCGUGAGAUCCAGCUUGAAGUGAGAUCUCGCUCAAACAUAUAUAGAGACCGAAAAAAACAAGACGGGAAAAGGACUACCUCAUCGCAUUCUUUCUUCUUGCAAAGAAAAAGGUUGUGUGUUUCAUCAUCUUUUUUCUUUGUGCUCGCUUCUUCUUCGUCUUCUUCCCUCUUCAAAACAAGACAGGGCUGCCAUUAGUUCUCCGGA